UGUCUGUCCCUUCGGAGGUGUCGUAACGUUUGAGUUGAUUACCGGACAUGUAUUCUCUGCGCCGUCGGAUACGAUGACACAGAUGUUGCCGGGAGUACUACACCUGACUGAGUGCCUGCACUCGUGUCUCACGAACGACACGUGCAAAUCAGUCAACUUCGAGACCGGAUUAUGUGUUUUGUUGGGCUCUUCAGCCACCGAAAGGCCCAAAGCGUUGGCUUCGUCUCAGUUUCCAGUUUUCACUAUUUAUGCCCAAAAAGUGUGUUUAAAAGACAAGAAUAAGUCCUGUACUCAGGGCUGGGCUUUCGAAAGAGUCAAUGGUUUUGAAUUGAAAAGAAUGGGCAAAAAGAGUGUUAAAGUGAUGUCAAGACUCGAUUGCAUGCAAUUGUGUCUCAAUGAGCGAGACUUUGAGUGCCGAUCAGUUAAUUAUGACACCGAUAGCCACGAGUGUUCCCUCUCUGAUAUGGAUAGACAUACAAUCAAUAUAAACAAUGAGCUCAGGUCUAGAAAGUAUGGCCCGUCUUCUGGUACUGUCGACUAUUUGGAGAACAAUUGUAUUCAAGAGCCAAAAAUGAUGUGCGAUAUUCGACCCAUUAAUGGAAAGAUACUGAAAACUGUUGAUUCAGUUUACGAGACCGUGAAGACCAUCGAGGAAUGCAAAGAGAAAUGCCUGAAUAGUCCCUAUCGGUGCCAUUCAUUUGAUUUCGGAGACCCGACUAAUAGUGUCUGUCGAACGAGUCAUUUGGAUAAGAAUUCUUUAGCCCAUAUCGAGAAUCCAUACAUUGAAAUAACCGGUGCCACCACUUAUGAGCUCUUGUCGUGUUAUAAUGACAUCAGCAAUAGUCUGGAGUUUGAGAUUAAGAUGAAGUACAACGACGUUGAGUGUGAUGUUAAACAGCAAAGCAAAGGACAGUUCACUAAUGAUAUUGUUAUACAACAUCACGACAUGAUUGUCACCACUCAGGACCUACUGCUCAAUGUUCACUGCAAAUACGAUCUCUCAAACAAAAGCAUUUCAAAUAAUGUCAAUCUGGCGGUCGACGGAGACGUCGAUACGAGUGGCAGUCAUUCAGAAACCGUGAGUUCGCCGAACGUUACGAUGAAAAUCACAGAUUUGUUCAGAAGUGAUAUCUCUUCAGCACAAGUCGGAGAUUCACUUUUGUUG